AAUUUAUAAGAAUGUCAACUAACAAGCAGGUUUAUGUGAGGUAUAGUCCUAAGUCAAGCAACAUUUUUGUUAGUAGUAAUUAUCUAUCUAACUGUUGUCAUUCGCAUUUGUAGUUACAAUAUCUCACAUAUAGGCCUACAUAUUCUUAAAAUGGACAGUGAAAUUAUGAGAAGAGUGAGAAACGAUUGGGGUGGUAAAGGCACUACUGGAAAAUUUAAAUUUCAUCAUAUAUGCGGUGAAAACAUUCAUAUUAAUAAACCCAGGAAUGCUGCAUACAGAGAAGCCGGUUUUUCACAUGGAUUAUGCUUCAGUCACUGCCCUCUUCUUCCUGGCCAAUUAUUUCUUAUUGAAAUAUCAGACGCUCAAGAUGGAUGGUCCGGACACUUACGGAUUGGAGUAACCCAGCAUGAUCCGUCAGAAUUACACACAGUCCCUGAAAUGGUAAUUCCCGACAUGACAACGGGAGGGUCCUCUACAGAAGAGAGACAAAUCACAAAAGGUGGUCAAACCUGGGCAACGGCGGUUACUAAAUUUCAUAAUAGAAUCAGUGGACGACACAAAGAAAUUGUAGGAGAGCCCUGUGACUCUGGUAAUAAGGAAAGAAUUAAAAAUAUCGCGUCAUUUGCAAACCAACGAAUCUCUGUAAAAAGUUUAUAUUUCUUGGCGCGUAAAGAGUUAACUUUUACAUCAUCGGGGAAUCGGUUUCCAGAUUUUGGACAAUCUGUUUUUAUCGGAAGCAGGAUUGGUGUUACGUUGGUUCCCGUUAACAGCGAUACUGGAGCUGAACUUGGUAGCGAUGAAGAAAGAAUAUGCAUUUCGGAAAAGACAGAUUAUUCUUCAUGCAACAUGCACUUGAUUAUAAACGGUGAAGACCAGGGACCAUGUGCUACUCUUAUACCUCUCGAUCGACCUCUUUAUGUUGUUAUUGAUGUCUAUAGUAUCACAAAGCAGGUCAAAAUUGUAGACACUCCAUAUAUUGGAACGCUUGCUGACUUAGCUAGAGAUAAAAUCAGGUCCCAAAUAAAAAGUGGUCAGAGAUGUGAACAUUUGCCAAUACCAACAUCCAUAAAGAAAUUUUGUCAAUAUCAAUAGCAGAUAAUACACGUUCCCAUACCAUCAGUAAGUAAUAUUACCUAUCACAUGUUUCUAGUAAUGCUUAUAGCCGAUAGAACAAUUGAGCAUGAUAUAUCAAAUAGCCUAUGAAGUUAGAUAAUCCAAUCU